AUGUCGAGCGACGAUUUUGUUCAUGAUAUUGCUAUCGAUAUCUCACGAGCUUUGAACCUGACGAAUCCUAACGAUUUGAUUGCCAAGAAGGUCAUUCAAUUUGCUGAAACCAACAAAGAUUUUGACAAGUUCAGCAAAGUUUGUAGCACGUUUGGCAGAUUCAGUAAAGAGUUUCUGGCAGAGACAUACACUAAAAUCAACAACGAAAAGCAGAAGGAAAAGCACAAAUCAAGCAGCAAAAGCAGCACUAGCGCAAAACCCGUUCAGCCUGUCGUCGAUGCAACAAGAAACGAGGUGCUUGUGUUAGGUAACAACUUACCUGGUGGCCUCAUCACCAAAAAGAACAAAUCGUCCAAGGCAGAUGAAGAGCGACCCAUUUUCAAAGUACCUGCUUUACCUAAUAAAUCAUUGCUUGGGUUGGAUGAAUUGGCACGCAAGAAGCGUUUAGCAGAUGCAGCUGCUGUGCCAGCCUCCACCGUAGCAGAGAAGAAAAUCAAGAUGAGCUGGGACGAUGAGGAGGAUCAAGACGACAGCAAAAUGGACAGUAGAGAGGAUAAGGAUAUCAAAACAAACACAAUCCAGACAAGUCGCCCGCAUUACAGAUCGCAACGCAUGGAGACACCUUCCAAUCCAGGCGGCAUCUCUGAAUCAGCAUUGAAACGAAUGGAAGACAUGAAGAGACGAGAUAGGCAUAGAGGCAACCACUACGACAACAGAAGCAGCCGAGAUGAUUACAGAAGCAGCCGAGAUGAGAGAGGCCGUAGAGAGGACAGAGGCCAUCGUGACGACAGAGACCGUGAUAGAGAUCGCUAUGGAAGAGACCGUGAUAGGGACGUUCGUGACAGAAGGCCAGACGACAGAUACAGCAGUAAAAGUGGCAGUAGCACUCCGCCAUCAUCUCGAGAUGGAUCAGAGACACCUGGUAGACGUGGAGGUUUGAUCAAGCGUAGCCAAUGGACCAGCAUGACACCACAAAAUCAGGGUGCAUUCACACCUCGUCAAUCAACCGGCAACAUGACACCCGGAAGACAUGACAGUGGUAUUCGACAAUCCACAGGUGCUGCUACUGCUGCAGUAAGACGCACGUGGGAUUACAUGACACCUGCUGUGCGAUCCACAGCCUACGAUGAAGUGGCAUUGGAAUACCCAGAGGAAUUUGAAGGCGACGAGGAGGACAGAAGGCGUUGGGAAGAAGAACAAGCUCAAUUAGAUCGUGAGUGGUAUCAAAUGGAAGACAACGGUGCUGUAGAUGAUACGCACAAUGCAUUCGCUGAUUAUGAAUCGCACGAUCAACACAAGGAACAAGAGUUGGCUCAGAAGCAAAUGAAGAAAUUGUCUGCUCGUCAAGCACAGUACAAUCGCGAUACAGACAUGUGGGAGGCAAGUCGUAUGCUCAGCUCAGGCGUUGCACAGCAAAUUGAAGUGGAUACAGAUUUUGAUGAAGAGAAUGAGAACCGAGUGCAUCUCUUGGUCCAUGAUAUCAAGCCUCCUUUCUUGGAUGGUCGCAUGGUAUUCACCAAACAACUAGAAGCAGUGCAGCAUGUCAGAGACCCUACUUCGGAUAUGGCCAUCAUCUCUAGAAAGGGCAGUCGACUAGUGCGAGAAAAGAGAGAGCAAGCAGAACGAGCCAAAGCUAGUAAAUUUGACCUUGCUGGCACCACGUUGGGCAAUGUGAUGGGUGUCAAGGGCAAGAAGACGGACGAGCAGCAAAAUGGAGAGGGCGAUGAUGCCAAGGGCGAUUCCAAGUUUGCCUCUCAUCUGAAAUCAUCUGAAGCAGCUAGUGAGUUUGCGCGAACAAGAACCAUGCGUGAACAGCGAGAGUUUUUGCCUGUAUUUGCUGUCCGUGAAGACCUGCUCAAGGUGGUACGCGAUAAUCAAGUAGUCAUUAUUGUGGGUGAAACUGGUUCUGGUAAAACAACGCAAUUGACACAGUACUUGCACGAAGAUGGUUACACAAACUAUGGUAAAAUCAGUUGCACACAGCCACGUCGUGUUGCUGCCAUGUCUGUUGCUAAGCGUGUCGCUGAAGAAAUGGGCUGUGAAUUGGGCGACACGGUGGGUUACACGAUUCGUUUUGAAGAUCAAACAUCUGAAAAUACGCUGAUUCGUUACAUGACCGAUGGUAUUCUGCUGCGUGAAUCCAUGAACUCGCCAGACCUGGAACAAUAUAGUGCCAUCAUCAUGGAUGAAGCCCAUGAACGUGCCUUGAACACGGAUGUCUUGAUGGGUCUCUUGAAAAAGGUGCUUGCUCGCAGAAGAGAUCUGAAGCUGAUUGUCACCUCUGCUACCAUGAAUGCUGACAGAUUCUCGCAAUUCUUUGGUAACGCGCCUUGUUUCUUCAUCCCUGGUCGUACUUUCCCCGUGGACACGUUGUUUAGCAAGACAUCUUGUGAGGACUAUGUGGACAGUGCCGUCAAGCAAACACUGGCUAUUCACUUGUCGCAACCUGCUGGUGACAUUUUGAUCUUUAUGACAGGUCAAGAGGACAUUGAAGCUACGUGCUCAGCCUUAGCAGAGCGUUUGGAACAGCUAGAUGAACCACCACCAUUGGCCAUCUUGCCCAUCUAUUCACAAUUGCCAGCUGAUUUGCAGGCCAAGAUUUUCCAAAGAGCCGAGAACAACGCCAGAAAAGUCAUUGUCGCUACCAACAUUGCUGAAACGUCGCUUACGGUGGACGGUAUCAUGUACGUGGUGGAUUCUGGUUACUGCAAGCUCAAGGUGUACAACCCUCGUAUCGGUAUGGACGCCCUGCAAGUAACGCCCAUCAGUCAAGCCAACGCCAAUCAACGUAGUGGUCGUGCUGGUAGAACUGGCCCCGGUGUCGCUUAUCGCUUGUACACGGAAGAUGCCUACAGGAACGAGAUGUUUGUCAAUACGAUCCCUGAGAUUCAGCGUACUAAUCUCGCCAGUGUCGUGCUCCAACUGAAAUCGCUGGGUGUCAAGAACCUGCUGGAAUUUGACUUUAUGGAUCCUCCUCCUCAAGAGAACAUUUUGAAUUCCAUGUAUCAGCUAUGGAUCAUCAACGCUUUUGAUAAUACGGGUGAAUUGACGGAUGCGGGUCAAAAGAUGAACGAAUUCCCUCUGGACCCCUCGUUGGCCAAGAUGCUUAUUGCAGCUCACGAACAAGGAUGUACUGCCGAGGUGCUGACUAUUGUCUCUAUGCUGUCUGUUCCCUCUGUGUUUUACAGACCCAAGGAGCGUAUGGAGGAGUCGGAUGCCGCGCGAGAAAAGUUCUUCGUGCCUGAAAGUGACCACUUGACACUGCUUCAUGUGUACACACAAUGGAAGAUUAAUCAUUACCGCGAUGACUGGUGUACAAAGCAUUUCGUGCAUCCAAAGGCUAUGCGCAAGGCAAGAGAAGUGCGUUCUCAAUUGAUGGACAUCAUGAAGACUAUCAAAAUGCCCUACGUCUCCUGUGGCACGGAUUGGGACGUGGUUCGUAAAUGUAUCUGUUCAGCCUACUUUCAUCAAGCAGCUAAAUUAAAAGGCAUUGGUGAAUAUAUCAACUGUAGAAGUGGCAUGAAAUGCCAUCUUCAUCCUACCAGUGCUCUGUUUGGCGCAGGUUUCACUCCUGAUUAUGUAGUUUAUCAUGAACUGGUCUUGACCUCAAAGGAAUACAUGCAAUGCGUUACCUCUGUCGAUCCCUUUUGGUUGGCUGAAUUGGGCCCCAUGUUCUUUUCUAUCCGUGAUCGCGAUAGAAAUUAUGGUCAAAGAGAAAAGCGUAUGGCGAACAUUGCCACAGAGUCUCGUCUCAACAUGGAGAUGGAAAUGAAGCUUGCUCGUGAACGCGAGGAGAAAUCAGAAGCAGAAGCCCUCCAAAAGAGACAAAACACGGCGCGUGCUGGGCGUAUUGCAACACCUGGCGCUAGAGACAUGCGCACGCCUAGACGAAGAGGAUUGGGAUUGUAG